AUGAAAAGCACCUUUUUUAAAUGGAUGGAUUUCUCCGGUAUUGUGUCGCGUCCCCUCUGGGAAUAUCCACAGUUUAAUCUGUUGAAAAUGUCAAUAAUGACUUACAAAAGAUUUUUAACAUUUCCCGGACGGAACACCAUAAUAGGUAUCAAAAUUAAUGAAUUAGCCAUAACAAUACCGUAG